AUGAUGUCCACCCGUGCUCUCGGUUUGGGCUCUUCUCUACGAAAAGUCGCUUUGACGCCCUCGCUUGCGAGGAACCGCCUGGUUGUGAGGAACACUGUUGCGAGACGGUCAAUUCAAACGGAAUCUUUCCCGCCUUCGACCGCCGUUGAAAUCCUGAACAAGCAACGUCUCAACCGACCCUCAAGUCCGCAUUUCACCAUCUACCAGCCCCAGCUCACAUGGCUGGGCUCUAUCGCUAAUCGUGCAACUGGCGGGGCAUUAAGUGCUCUCCUUUACGGCUUCUCUAUCGCAUAUCUCGUAGCCCCAGGAACAUUUGACAGCACACACGUCGUCGAAUUCGUCGCAGGGAUGCCAGAUGCCGUCAAAUACGCUGGAAAGGCCAUCCUCGCCGCACCAUUUGCGUUCCACUCACUCAACGGGCUGCGACAUCUUGCCUGGGAUAUGAACAAGUUCAUGACUGUGAAGGGAGCGUAUGCAACUGGUUAUGCUGUCCUCGCCGGUACCGCUGUAUCCACCGUUGCAUUGGUGUUGAUGUAG